AUGGGUGUCGUAUCGAGGUUGUUUCUUGUGACCGUCUUGCUGCCUUGUGUUUGGGGGCAAGCGCAAGCAGAGUGUUUUGGUGCUGGUAGCGUGGCUGGUGCGGCUGUCGGUGCGUUCAUUGGAGCACUUUUGUUGGUCGCGGCCGCUUAUUACUUCAGGAAAUUGUAUUGGAAAUCACGCAAGGGUAAACACCUUGUACUGUCAACGGACCCGGAGUCCGUGAAAGAUGAGUUCGCCUUCGACAACCCUGGCUUCAGACAGGAUGAGAGACAGGCGUGGCGCCACGAAGCACCUACCCUCCCGCUCGGCGGGAAGACCAGCGCGCUCCAAGCGGAGUUCACGCGGCCGGAACAGAGCAAAGACGACUCUUACCUACAGCGCGCAAGGGUGCGACGCGUGAAGCUAUGGGCGCGCGACUUCACGGGAUUGGGGCUGCGCUGCGGCGGAGGCGCGCGGGAGGGGGUGCACGUGCACUCCGUGCUGAGGAGCGGGCCGGCCGCCGCGGCGAGCCUGCAACCAGGGGACAAAAUCAAAAGCAUCAAGAUCGAAUUGACCGGCACCCCGCUAGAGGACGCCGUCGCGAUUUUAUCGCUGGCGUCACCUUACCCCGUGGAGUUGGAAAUAGUCGAGGGCGGAAGGGCCAGCGGGGGUGGGUGGGCUGUCAAACAUCCCCUCCUGAAGCGAGCCGGUUCCACUGGCGACGUUUGUAUGCUUGAAAAAGAAGCGAGACUUCUGCAUCCGCCCCGAUCGCCGAACGCGUCGCACUCCAAUAACUCAACACUAGAAACUAAACAGAGUAAGGGCGGCAUUAAGAAAAUAUUGGCAGAGAAGAUCAUCACUACCACGACCCUCGAGAGGAACAAGAAAGAGAGGAAAGAGCCACCGACAACGCUAGAACGGGAAAACGAGAAGAAUCUGAAAAUGGCGGGUAAAACGAGGCAUUCCGACGUACCUCCCGGUCUAACGAAACCCGAACGGAGCAAGAACAGGCAUUCAUCGGGCAGCGAUAUACAAAUCAUUCAGCCGGAGAAUGGGAUUACUCAAUUAGAGCAGGCCGAGGUCCAGAAAAAGGACUACGACCCGAAGAGGGGAAUGAAAUUCGGCAUAAGAGUACUGCCGCCGAACGUUCCGGACGACGGCGUGUUGAAACAGAAGACCGCCGAAAACGGGAACGUGAUCCUGGAUACGAAGACCACGGAUGAGACGGACAAGGGCGAGUCGCAGCGCCCACCCGCCCAGACGAGGCGGGAAAGUGAAACGGAGAUCAAGAAGCCGGUCGUCGCGAAACGGCGCGAGAAAAUGGCCCCGCCGAUACCGAACGCGCGCGUUAAGUCCGGCGACUUGGAGAACCAGUCCGAAACUAAGACCGCGGACAGUUCGGCGUCGAGCUUCGACCGCAGCGAUCUCAAUUCGAGCGGCAUAAGGCGGGACGAGAACGGGAUACCGCAGGAGCUGCCCCCGCACAUGUACGAAGCGGCGAAAGCGGCGCGCAGCAACAGGAGGAGUUCGGCUGAUUUGGUGCCCGAAAAGGAGAGAGAGAGGGAGAGGGAGAAAGAAAAAGAGUUGCGGAAGGAAGAGAUCCCUAAGCCGGCGAAGAAAUCCAAGGGAAAAGCGCCGUCGCCUCCCGACACCGAGAGGAAUAAGAGCGACGACAGCAUCUUGGAGCGGCUGAAGAACGUAAACGAGUUCCUCACAAGCGAAAAGCAACAUUCCAGUCUUCUACAGGAUUCUUCCUUUACUUCGAACAAAUCAACCCCUUCAAUGUCAAUAUCGUACAACACUUCAACACCCAAAGCUGUUAAGACCAAAACCCCUCGACCAGAUGAUUCAAUCAACUUCAGUCAGGACGACAUAGACGAUAUAGUAACGAAGCCUUUCAAGAGAGAGAGCGACUCUUUGAACAACUUCUUCGAGGACUCCAAAUCGAACCUGUCGUCCAACCAGGACGUGCAUUCGGUGGUCUCUCUUAACAACAGCGAUAGAAGCGAGAAGGGCUCAACCACUAUCGAGCUCAACAACAGCGAUAUAACAAUACACAGUUCGCCUUUAAAUGAAACAGCUAACUCCGCGUCCGACGACACUUCACUCCUAGACGAUAACGAACGCAAAGCGGCUUCCUUGGGCGAUUUAUCCAGAUUCGAACUCAGGGUCAAGGCGAACCAACCCUCCACUGGCACUUUGGAACGGGCGCAGAGCCUAGAUAUAUCGGCCGAGGACGCCGAAAUCCAAGAGACUGUGUCGCCGAAGAAACGAAAAGCGAUGUCGGUCGUUGAAACGAACUUUUACGAUUCCGGAACUCAAGAAGCGUUGACUGAUAUGACGGAUCAGGAGAGGAGUGCUCUGUCCAAACAGAAGGAGCCGAGGCUGAGCCUGAACAUAGCUAAGACCUCGGCAAUAGAGGGUCUGAAUACAUUCCAGAGAAACCGUUUGAAAAAGGCGUCUGAGUUCGGAAAUUUGGAAGACGCUAUUGUCAAAGGAUCAAACUGCUCCGUAGACUCCGAUAAGGAGACAGGAGAAGUGGCUAAGAGAAAGAUGAACAAAGAAAUGGGCAUAUUACAAGAGAGUGAAACUCAUGAGACCUCCGACCACUUAGCGAGGAGGAUAAUGGACGAAAACCUAAAAGUCCAUUUCAAACUUGUCUCAGAAUUCGCGAAAUCUACUUCGGACGGUAGCAACAUGAGCUCGUUAGAGAACCAAGAAGCCCAAGCUAACACCGAAAAUAAAUCUUCACCAUCAAAAUACCAAGAAAAGAUGAAUAUGAACUACGACACUAACAUUCCUGAUGACCUUAAGAUGUCUCGCAACACCUACGCAAACAGUUUGGAGAGGCCUAAAUCUGAUAUGAUGAAGAAACUUCUCGCAAAGAACCCAAUCUUCAACGUUCAUAUUGAGCAAACACAGAAACACGAAGCAACUACCAGUAAAGAUUCGCCCAUGACGGAUUCCUACAAGUCCUCCAUGCACCAACCGGACAUUGUCAACUUCGAUCUAAAGUCGUCCGACCCCAAAGCUAAAGACUACGACGAGUUCGUGAGCAACAUUAGGGUUGGCUCGAAUAAUAACAGCUUGAAAAUGACUAAGAAACCUCAAGAAACUCCCUCGCAAUGGUCGGAAACCAAAGAAGCGCAAACUAGUAACGUCGUCACUAUUUCCACGAACGAGAAAAAUAGCGCGCCCGAGACCAACAGGAAAUCCUACACAAAAUCAAUUGAGAUCGGCGAACCGACGAUGAGGAUUGUUCCGGACGUGAUAGAAGGCACCAAGGGUCGAUCUGAACACAAGGAGAACAGAACUUUGUACAUGGAGCCUGGAAACGUGUCUCUGACCAUGACCCAAGAGCCGGUCCAAAAAACAGUCACGGUAAACGUAACAGAAGACGAGUUUGGAAACAAAGUUAUCACGCAGAACGUGGAAAAGUUUUCUACUCAGUACAUCACUUCCAGAACAGAGGCUCCUCUGCAAGUCGAGCAGAUCACCUUCGGUAUCGCCAGAAACACGACAAACGUCGACGAGCUAAAUUUGGAGGAAGGCAACGUCAAGGAUAUCGAUAGGAAAUUUCUGGAAGAGAUCAAACGCCAGAACCCCAAUAUCCAUUUCACAUCGGAUGAGCCUUCUUACACAAGGACGGAAACCAUCAUACUGAAUACGACCGAAAUGGACGAGGAGCAAGCGAAAGCCUUGAUGCAGAAACUGCAGAACGAUCCGAGCUUCAUGGCGCAGAAAACUCCAGAAGAACUAUCGAAAAUGGGGAUCAGAAUUGUCCAGGAUUUGGAGGAUGAACGCACAACAAGCCAGGAUUCUGUAGAAAUCUCCAAGACUCGAUACUCCAUAAACCCUGGUUCGAUGCCGAUUGCACAAAAACACACAAAAGCCGAAGACUCAGAGCAGAAGGAGCACAUAACGGAAAUCCAAGUCGUCACACCGCGGACUGAGAAGACCAAACAGGCGAAAGAGGAAACGGUCAAAGACAAAAUCUCUAGUAGGCAGAGAGCACCGACUUACGAAGAGCCAGCGCUGUCUUACGAACUCGACAUUGAGCUGCUGAUCGACUUCAUUUUAAACGAAAGGCAUCACACGGCGAAAGCGCUCAACGAACGGAAACCGUCCAAAAGCGAACCAAAGAAGAGGCACUCCGACUACGAUCUACCGCGGAACAGCCACAUAAAAUUCCGGACGGCGACCUACGAAUCGCCCAAGGGCACGAUAGUGACGAGCACCGACCUGGAGAACCGGCGACUGUCCCAGCUGGACCAGCUGGCGUUGAGGGCCACCGACCAGGUGUCGAGCCAGAAGCCCGCGAUAUCCGCCAAGCCCAGCAGCAUACCGGUCAAGCUGUCUGACAAGCAGAAAGCCAAUUCGCCGGUGUCGUCCAAAAUACCCGUCUUCGCGACGGUCAAAUCUCACAGCCAAGAAAACCUAUCAGACAGGGGAUUCUCGUUACCAAGGUCCCCACCGCCUGGCUUAAGCUCCAGCUCAGGGAACAUAUCCGUAACAUCCAUCAUAAAAUCAAGCUCCAAAAGUCCAAGCGGGGGUCUACUC